CCUCAUACUUUUCUAGGGUUAGGUUCUUAGGAAUUUAUUCCUUUUGUAAUUUCAUUUGGCGUCACUAUUUGAGCUCUUAUAAAAUAUACGGUCACAGAUUGGCUUUUAUAAAACCAGACGGCCACAAAUUGCUGGCUUUGGGGUUUGGUGUUGGUGAUUGGUUCGAUCUGAUUGCUCUCUCUCUGGGCUUUUAUGCCCUCUGGCCGUUGAAAUCCCCAUGAUCAUCAGCGUCUCAUGGAACCCUCUCCAGUGUGCACCACUCCUCCGGUUGAAGAAGAAGAUGAGUGGGACACUGAUGGAUUCGUGAUUCCAAGCUUGGGAAUAGGAGACCCAGAUGAAAGUAAACCUGGUGGUGUAGAAGAAGAAAUAUCAAAACCUCCUUCUCCGAAGGCAAAAAAGGAAGAGAAUAUCUACUUAGGACCACAUGGUGCCCCUCCUUCGCAAUCAAAGCAGCUGGAGCUGAACUCAUCAAGCCGGAAGCAGCGUUUUAAGCAGAAACUGAAGGAAGCAGAUAGGCGGACCACUGGGACAGGGCGGGAGAAUAAGGUGGAAAAUUUGAGAGAGCUUGUGGGCGGUGGAAAAUUAGGCAUUAACAUGUCAAAGGGCACUUCCAAGGAUUGGCUAGACCCUCAUUGUCAUGAGUCUCAGUUUGAGAAGUGGUACCCCCAGUAACUGGAGUUUCUGUUAGCAUUAGUUAUUUGUCUGUUGACAAACUUGACUUUGUGGCAAUCCACCAGCAUAUGAAGUUAUGUAUCUCAACAAUAAUUGUUUAGGUAAACCUUUUGCAAUGACAGAAGUUAAAUUUUUAGGUCAA